CCGUACUAGCGCUAUAUCAAUAGUUAAUUUCUGUUUUUAUCUGAGGUUAUUAGUAGUCCCAAUUCUAAAGGCUUUUACACUACGUAUUAUAUACUCAGUCUAAUACGCCAAUAAUACAUCUUUUUCUUUUCAAGCGUUCGAUAUACUCCUACAAUAGUGCUUGAUGACUGAACGUGAAGCAAUCAAAAGGCCUCGUCUUGAUUCCAUUUCAGAUCUAGAUGUUUUCCCAGAUAAAGAACAACAGUUGCCUUUCAGCACGUUCUUAUCAAAUUCCUUUCGACACAAUGAAAAACACCCCAUUUUAUCUGAUAAAAAAUUGGUUGUAUAUGAUUUGAAAGUUGAAAGACCUGAUUUGCCACUUUAUUACGAAAAAAAUGCUUGGGAUAGAUUAGAAAUCGCUAUACAUGCUAUUCAGCAGAAUCAACCUAGCCCGGAAAGCUUAGAAGUGUUGUACCAACUAUGCGAAAACCUCUGCCAAUAUGACAAGGCACAAGGAUUAUACGAGCUGUUAUAUGAAAAAUGCCGCAAAUACACAGAAUUUCAGUUCAAGAUUCUUGCAAACAAUUCUGAGCAAGGCGCUGAAUAUCUUCAUACAGUUCAUAUGCUAUGGAAGAGCUACUGUGACCAAAUGUCCCAAAUCAGAUGUUUAUUUCUUUAUUUAGACCGAACCUACGUCGCUUCCUCUUCAACAGUAUCUAUCUGGAAUAUGGCAAUGGCCUUAUUUCGGGAGAAUUACAUGAAACACGAUGGUGUGUGGAAAAAAGUCUUGGGCAUAAUAUUGGAUUUGAUCAAAUUGGAACGAACUGGUGAAAAAGUAGACGAACAAUUCUUACAAUUAAAUAUUCGCAUGUUAAUGGAUCUAAACCUAUAUCAUACAUCCUUUGAACAACAAUUACUCACAGCAACUAGAAGUUUCUAUGAUGAUGAAGGUGACAAAUUAGUUGAAAAUAUCAAUAUAUUUGAGUAUUUGGAACACAUUUCCACAAGAGUUCAUCAGGAAUCAAUCCUUCGAGUUAAAAGCUACUUUGAUAAAUCAACAAAAUCCCAUCUUCAGGCGAUUGUCGAGACAGAGUUAUUGACAAAAAGGGUUGAGCAUAUCUUGAACAAAUGUUUCAACUAUUUCCAGGGCCUGAAUGGGUUCCAAGAGAGCGAUUACGAUAAGUUUUCACUUUUGUACAGACUAUUACAAAAAGUCGGUAAACUUGAAAUAUGCGCCAAAUACUUUACAUCGUAUGUUAAGGCAAAAGGAUCGUCAAUUUUAUGCGAAAAAAUACCUGUGCAAGAUAAAAUGCUACGAUUAUCAGCAUUUGAAUCUCAGACAGAUGAAAUUGUUGAUCAUAGUUUUGAAGGAGAUGAACAAUUCGUGGAUGGAUUAAAAGAUGGAACUGAAUACUUUAUAAAUCUCAGAGCAAAUAAUGCUGUCAAAUUGCUGGCAAAGUAUAUUGAUCAAGUGCUUAGAGGUGAAAAGUUCGAUGAAGAGUUGUUAGAUAAAGCCAUGUUCAUAUUUCGCAACCUGCAAGGAAAAGACGAGUUCGAAGUACUAUAUAAAAGGGAUCUUGCAAAGCGCUUACUGCUCAAUGUUACAAAUAAAAAUUCAGAAAAGAUAAUGCUCACGAAAAUGAAGAAGGAGUGUGGUGCAGGCUAUACAGGAAAACUAGAGGGCAUGGUUAAAGAUAUAGAAAAAUCCGAUUCGCUGAUGGAUGAAUUUAACUCCAAAUAUACUGGUUCAAUUUUACCUCUAAAUCUCAAUGUUAACUUACUCACUAAUGGGUUUUGGCCUUCUUAUGUCCCAAUGACAGUGAAUUUGCCGCCUAUGUUUCAUCAAUUGCAAAGCAUGUAUACCGAAUUUUACAUGGAAAAAUUCGAAAAAAGAAUUUUAACGUGGCAAAAUUCUUUAAGUGUAUGCAAAGUCAAUGCGAAUUAUCCACUGGUAAAUUAGUUUAAAAGUAUUAGUUCUAUUUAUGCCUAAAGGUUUUAUAAUAUAGGGUACAAAACACAUCACCUUGACUCUGCUGCAAACAAUAGUUAUUUUAUUAUUUAAUGACAAGAGCAAAAAUUAUUUUUCUUUCACAGAUAUCCUUAUAUAUACGCAAUUAGGUAAAUCCAAAGAAAAAAA